UACAAUUUUGAGAUUGUGUUUCUUUUGGAAGGAAUCGUGGUCUUGAUGUCUUCUAUAAAAUGUUCUCUUCCAGGUGGCUCACCAUAUCCACGGAUGGAUGGCAGAAAAAUUGUACACUGGCUACAGCAAGGACACAGAAUGUCGAAGCCACAACACGUGGAUAAAAAAUUAUAUGGAAUAAUGACGAACUGUUGGCAAGAAAACCCGGAUAAAAGACCAACAUUUACUGAACUGAGGAAUGAACUCAAAGAAAUGGAAAACCAACACAAGAGGUUGAUUAACAUGGAAAUGUAUGACAAGAAGUUGUACGCAAACGUUGAAGAUUUGGUCGUGUAGGAAAACGGACGGUCCUUUUCAUAAUGAGAGUGUAGGAGACAGUACUGACUAACUGUGUAGACAUUGUAACAGCUACUCCCAUAACUAAUUAGAAUUAGUAUUGUGAUGAUAUAUUUUGGCUCUGGAUUUUGAAUUUAGAAGAUAUGCAUUUAGUUUGAAACCGUUUUUUGACACUAACCCAAAAUUUCCUCAGUCGGAAAAACACUGAACUUGGUUGGAAUUAUUUCACUAAGCUCGCGAAAAACAAAAGAUUUGUUUGGUCUUGCUUUUAUACAAGAAAAAGAAUCCUGAUAGGGUAGUCUCGAAGAACUGUUUGUUGUAGUUAAUAAGAUUCUUACAAAACAAUUUAAAAAGUAUCCCGAUCCCUUGUAAAGCAUGUGAUUCCUUGUAACUAGUUCACCUAUGGCAUAAUUUUUUUUAAACUUCUAUUCAGUAAAACAUGUACUGGUUAUGCAACACUUUCGAGUGGUGUACCAUGAAAUAUCCCGCGAGUCAAUUUCUCUGUUUACACACAAGCCUUAAGACAAGUGUGCAUACUAAGAAAAUACACGUUGUAAGUGGAAUAUUCCACGGUAUCCCACGAGAAAGUAUUGCAUAACUACUUUAUAUCAUACCAUACAAAGUACAGUGGCCAACACAACGCAGCGCGCAAUGGGAAGGUCAAGUGUAACAUCUUUGAGUAUUCAACAGCUUUCCUGUUUUCUGCUGAUUGGCUGAAUUUCCUAUG